CUUCUAUGUCAGGUCUAUAAACAACUGAAUAAAGUCUUAUCAAAAUAAAGAGAAAAGAAAAUAGUCCAUGAAUGUUUUGGCUUGCUUCUCUAACAAUGUACCGCGUCAUCCACGAGCUAAUCCACCUGUUAUGUGGGGAACUGUUGUACAACUAUAUGGAACGAGAGUCAGGAUGGGACGGAUUGGUAUUUUGGAUUCGUGCCGAGAGUCACACGUACAUAGAACGCGCCUCGUCAGCCCAAAUACAAACAACCAGUAGUCAAACGUGGCCAAAUUUUCACAGUACUGGAAACGAUUCAAAAACUAAUACUCUAUGCUUUCCACAGUCAAGCCUUUCAACUCUAUAGCUUCCAAACAGAAGUUGAAAGCCGAAACAGUUAUUUUCGCUUUGAAAGCUUCGACCGCAGUCCAGGACUGUGACUUGAGGAGAUGCAAUCAAGCCACAGCUUGCCUUAGGUUAUAUUUAGAUGUAUGACAGUGGCGAGGAAACAGAAGCUAAAAAAAAUGGGAAGAAGGCACAUACAGACACUUUCUGGCACAGUUUGACGUUAAAUGUUGAAAUAGCUCGUUCUUUUCGAUUCAUCAUCGAUCGCUACACACUGGUGUCACACUAGUUUGUUCGUUACCUGCAACAAAAAACUUUAGGACAAUUACGCGUACUGUCUAUUGGCUUAUUGACGACCUAAUUUUUCGGAUGAGUCGUCCAUACCUCUUCUCAACACUCUCUAGAUGUCGGGGAUGAAAUUAACCUAAAUUCACAGUCUCUAUAAAACUCGACGACUGCCAAACGAUACCCUAAACAGAGUACAACAAAUAGGUCGAGAACAAGACGAAAGCUCAAAGCAAUAGUAAUUUUGCAUAGUCUAAGCCUAUGAUAGCUCCAACGAGUAUUUGUACGCAUAGACACAUAGUUCAACAUUCGAAAGACAAAUCGAUAGUAUAGUUUUAAGUCAGCAGUUUGGGUAAUUAUUAUAAUUAUUGACCACCGCCAUUUAAAGUGGUAAAUAUCAAUCGUGAAAUCCCAAUACAUUUAUCUAGAAGGAUUUUUAAAUUUGGACGAUGUAGUUGGAUGUUACCCGAGUGAGAAUAUUCUAAAAAAGGUGAUUUAGCCAAAAUAUGACGUUCGGCAUCGCUCAUUUUAAGUAGCAUUGCAUGUAAAGGGUUAUUUAAAUCACUCGGCAAUGUGAACCAGACUGAAUCAACUAAUGAUCAAGUUUCAUGAUAAUUAAUCUAAAGCAUACAAUUUGGUAGAUAGCAACACGAAAGUAAACCAAGUCACGAUUUGUUCUUCGAUCGUGUAACAAUAAAUUAACAAAAAUGCAAUCUACGUGUUCCCCGCAUUAAUACCGAUAAAAGCGUCACUAGCCAUUGAUUUGUUUACGUAUUCAAAUACCAAUGAUAUUUCAGAAGCAAAAAUACGGCGAACUAAGUUAUGGUCCAUCGAAUCUACUGAAACUGUUUCUAAGUUAUCCUCGUGUUUGUUUUGUUGUACUUUCUAACAACACACAAAUAAUUGUACGCAGGAAUUUUAAAUAAGGGUUGCUGGUCAUCUAUCUAAUUCCAUUGCAAAUCUUUUCGGAUUUUACUUACGUAAAUUUUACAUUCGUGUGCUACCUGAUUUAUUGACGCAUUACACAAAUAGGACAAAUUUACUUAUUGGUGCAAUUCAAUGUUUCUUUUUUAAGAAGUUUCUUUAAUAUUUUUGGUGGCUGGGUUAGCUUAUAGAUGUAUAAUCUGAUUUUGGGGUUAGUAAAAAAUUGUGGGUUUGCCAUUUGUACUGUCGAGAUAAAGACGAGUAUAGCUUAUAUGUAAUUAGUGGUUUCCCAAGCUCCUUAUGGGGUUCUUAAGUUUUUCCUCGUAACCGUUCGUAUGAUGCGGACGUCUUACUAAGCUUGCUGAGAUAGGAACAACCAAUCUCAGUUCAUUACUUUGGACGAACUACAUGGAAUUACGAUUUGAUUUACAACAAUAAACUUGUAAAUGAAUGUUUUUAUAUCUCGCACAACAGAAGAAAAUAAUAACACUCUAAGUGUUCAUAUAAUCAGGGGGAAAACGCGAAGUAAUAAAGUGCUAAAAUAAAUUCAGAUUGCUCGCUUUUGUAAGCAACAAUCUACAAACUCGAAGCACAUUGAAAGAGCCAAGAAAUUUCUGCUCGCUUUGCAUUCCAUCUGAUCGCGUUGGCACGAGAGCCAUUCCUACAGCUCCCCUUAAACAUGACUUUUUUGUCGACCAUCUCGAACAGAAGACAUCACAGCAUAUACAAGGUUGAUGGAUAAGGUUGUCUCUGGGCAUCUUGCCGAUGAAGGCUACUAUGAUGACGAUGAAACUACUAGCACCGCCUACCUCGUGUUUUACAAAAUUUCCCGUUCACUGAAUCUAUGUUUUUCUAUUUCCCAAUUCGUUUACCUGAUUUUGCUAAAGUAAGCAAAAAGUAAUAAAAUCAGAUUUUUUUCUACUUGUAAAAAUAUUAUUGCUCCUCUGUGACUUGGGGUUGAGAAAAUAUCCAUUAGAAAAUUUUCGAAUUCCGAUUCCAAGGCACCAUGACGGGGAUGGGAGCCUAGAGCUCAUUUGUGAAAGCUAUGCGACGGUAACUAUGGGUGCCAGACCUCGUGACACAUUGGCUAUGAUCUGGCAUUCAUAAUAUAGAGAGCGAGAUUGGGGACCAGAAAUCCUGGGGCAAGAGAGACCGUAACGUACAACCCUCCCCUUAUCCUUCAGCGUUCACGACGUCUUUUUUGUCCCAAUUAUUUUUCUUAGCAUUCCUCUUUUCCUUUUUUAUUUCAUUCACUUAUUAAUCUUGUUCGAUUUCCAACUUUGCAGACACAGCUAUAGAAAUUCCUUUCUAUAUCAUUUUAAUAUCUAAAAUAACAGCACCAGCAAGCGUGUCGGCCAAUCCAAAUAGUAGAUCUUGUUGUGGUUGGCUGAUGCAGGGCUUGCGUUCAGCCGAUUGAACAAAAUAACUCAACAAAGUCAAUAUAGAUAAAAUGAAAGAUUGUCGGGACUUUUGGCACGCGGGUAGAGCGUUGGUGGCGGUACUAGCGGUAGCAAACGGCAUCGUAACGGGUUCAAAAACUCGGUAUACGAGGAACCUCUGAGCGGAUUAGACACGCGAUCUACCUAUCGUUGACUAUAUAUUUCUCUUCCUGGCACGUUGGGAGCCCCAGUCGUCAUCUGCACUCGUCGCUGUGUACUGUUAAGGUGCUCAGCUGUUACUGCGAAACUCUUUCCGUCAACCGUGCCAUGUCAAAUUCAACAGAAUUCGUUCCGGACUCUUAUUACAUUCCUUAACUCUGUUACUCCGUUACUGUAUUACCCAACUCCAACACACCUUACAAGAACGGGAAGGCUUCUCAGAGUUGAGCUGAAUCGCGUGUUGAUGUCUGGCAAAAUAUUGCUGCCCUAUUUUUCCUUGACGAAUCAACAGCCUCCACCCCACCUCUACCCUACCUCUUUCGACCUAGACUUUUCAUGGGCAGUAUCAGCAGUGGUAUACUAAGGAAAUUGGGAGUGUAUUCAAAAUCAACACGACGGUGGUGGGCAAAAGCAGCUGUUCGUCUGGCGGAUAUGGAUGUGGCCCAGGUGACGUUGAAGAUAACUGUUUAGUGGCUGAGUGGGCGACGUUUGGUCGUCACUCUCUAUUUCGAGGCCCCUUGAUCGUUGGGAACUAUGCUUCAACCAACCAAGCGAUCCAUAUUUGAAGAUCCAUACAGGAAAAAUUGUGUCCUAGUGGUUCUGUUGGGAAUCUAUUGUGCGUUGUGCCAUAAUCUUGGUGACUUUUCCUAGCUUUUUGUGAUAUUGUGACAUUGUGACCUUUAUCUCACACAAAGACAACGCAGUGCAGUAGGCGCAUAAAAUACUCUGAAGUUGGGGUAACUGUGUCAUUAACAUUUGAAUUUUGAAUUCGAAUCAUAGAGAACUGAAGCAGUGUCAUUUGCUUUUCAGUCUAUUGUUCACUGGUGUUCGUAAAAAUAAUAAUUUUAAAAGUCAUAAACGAGAAAAGAAGAUCUUCAAAACACAUCAAAAUUCAAAAUGUUGUGUUUGAGAGAAGAGCUCUGUGUUGCCCCAUUAAAUACCUCCACAUCGCCCAUCCGGAUGCUCUAAUUCUCAUAUUGAUGUGAGAGGGUGAAUGGGAAUCAAGUGACCACCGCAUAAUGGCUGCUGCUGUGGCUGGCUUGUACGGAUUAGGUGACGAGCAUGCACGUUACUCGCGAUUUGUGUCUCUGCCCAAAUUGGCAAGUCACGACGACGACGAUGGACUUAACCCAAAUGGCCAAUUCCCAGGGGUUGGAACCUUUGAGCCCAUUCCACAUGACCACGAUUUUUGUGAACGCGUCGUUAUCAAUGUGAGUGGACUAAGAUUCGAAACCCAACUUCGUACUCUUAACCAGUUUCCUGAAACACUUUUGGGUGAUCCUGCUCGACGGAUUCGCUAUUUUGAUCCACUGAGGAACGAAUAUUUUUUCGAUCGCAACCGGCCUUGUUUCGAUGCUAUUCUGUAUUAUUAUCAGAGUGGUGGCAGAUUGCGGAGACCUGUCAAUGUUCCACUUGAUGUUUUCUCCGAAGAAAUCAAAUUCUACGAACUUGGUGAAACAGCCAUCAGUAAAUUCAGGGAGGACGAAGGCUUCAUCAAAGAAGAGGAGAGACCACUACCAGAAAAAGAAUGGAAAAGGAAAGUGUGGUUGCUUUUUGAAUAUCCGGAAAGUUCACAAGCUGCUCGUGUGGUAGCCAUUAUCUCCGUAGUGGUCAUCCUCCUUUCGAUUGUUAUAUUUUGCCUUGAAACUUUGCCGGAGUUCAAGCAUUACAAACUUUUCAACGCCACCAACAAUCGGACGCGAAUCGAGGAGGACGAAGUGCCCGACUUCACAGACCCUUUCUUUCUCAUCGAAACAAUCUGCAUAGUGUGGUUUACUUUUGAAAUCAUCGUGCGCAUCAUAUGUUGUCCAAACCAACGAAACUUUUUUAAAGAUAUGAUGAAUGUUAUCGACAUAAUGGCUAUCAUUCCUUACUUCAUAACGUUGGCCACUGUCCUAGCAGAAGAAGAGGACAUUGACGACGGUAUUCAACGAGGGCCGCCUCAAGAGAGGAGUAGCAAUCAGGCCAUGUCAUUGGCAAUUCUUCGAGUCAUCCGACUUGUUCGAGUGUUUCGAAUUUUCAAACUCUCUCGCCACUCCAAGGGACUCCAGAUUCUAGGUCGCACGCUCAAGGCCUCAAUGAGAGAACUAGGACUUUUGAUUUUUUUCUUAUUUAUAGGUGUUAUAUUAUUUUCGAGUGCCGUCUACUUUGCUGAGGCGGGCUCGGAAUAUUCCUACUUCAAAUCCAUCCCGGACGCAUUUUGGUGGGCUGUGGUUACCAUGACCACCGUCGGUUACGGGGAUAUGAGGCCAGUGGGAGUAUGGGGGAAAAUCGUGGGCUCACUUUGCGCAAUUGCUGGUGUGCUUACCAUAGCCCUUCCCGUACCUGUGAUUGUCUCAAACUUCAAUUAUUUUUACCACCGAGAGACAGAUCAAGAAGAAAUGCAAUCACAAAACUUCAAUCAUGUCACCAGCUGUCCUUACCUUCCUGGUACUUUAGGCCAUUCGCGUAACAAGAGAGAUUCAUUAUCCGAUUCUGGGGGUUCAGAUAUUAUGGACUUGGAGGAAGGCUUGCUGCUAGAGACGCCACUGACCAAGAAACAAAACUGCAGCACCCGAUAUAAUAACAACAUCAGUAACACCAAUGUUUUUACAGUUGAGACGGAUGUUUGAUUAUCGCAACUAAGUGACGUACCAUCCUCUUUGUUCGGUGUAAUUUUCUCACAACGAGUUAGCUGGUACACUGUUAUUCAGUGGAACCAGAUUUUUAGUUGUGCAUCUCUAGUCUUCCGGUCCUGAAGAAGUGAAACUAUACAACCAGAAAGAUUUUAAUCUUUCAUCAAGAUAUCUUUUAUCUUGCAAUGUCAAAUACCACUAUAGAAUGAAAAAUAGGAAGAAAUGCAAACGAAUCCUAACAUUAGUUGCCCUACACGCCUUCAUUACUGCGCCAAGCCACAAAAUUUAGUCAUGAUACUAUCUUUGAAGAAGAUACUUUGGUCACUUAUAGCGCUUGAAUAGAUGGGAAACAAGCAAAAUUGAGACUUUUGUUAUUCAAAUACUGGUAGUUCGUUGAACGCCAUGAAGAUGGAAAACUUUAUGGUGAAGUCUGGAGACAUUUGUCACACACGGAACCACGGAAGUUGUUAAAGCAAUACUUAAUAGCACUCUAAAUGAAAUUCAAGUCCUAAUAUAACUCGUUUUUAUAUUUUCUUGAAAGUUCUUUUGCUAUUUUAGCAUCUCUAUUUUUAAAUCUUCUGCUGGAAUUUGAUCUUUGAGAAAUUAGUUAGGUCUACUAUUGUUCCUCAGCUUUGUCUUUUUCUAGUGAUUGUGACCACAUUGUUCUUAUUAUAGAAUUGGUCAAAUUAGUUGUGGUCUAAAGAAUCUUCAAUUAGAUGUGAAAGUCGCCGACCGAUUUGUUUUUAUUUUGUUGUUUGUCUUACUACACAUGAGGCAUACAACAUAGAACUAAAAUCCAAUUAAAUAACAAUGAAAAUAAUGUUUUGAAAUCGAUAAUUUCCUUACACAAAUCCAAGCUAAUUUGACAUUUGUCGGUUAUUUUACAAUCAGUACAAAUGCCGUCCAUUCAAUGAUCACGAAAAAACGAGGAUUUCUUUUAAAAAACUCGAAGUAUCUCACUAACCGCAAUGUUGUGAAGAGUGAAGGAUCAGGGCAUCUGGCUUACAUUCACCUUAGAUAAAACACUUCAUAGUAAGAAAGGAUAUUUAAUAAUCUUAAACAGAAUUGAUAAUGGAGCAGGGUAUAUCUAAUAAAAUGAAAUCUGCUAAAAGAAGAAAACUUUAAAACCCAUGGAAAAGUCAAGCGAUGUAAAUAUUACGAAUUUGGAGUGUAUGCUGUAUUUCCGGUGCCUUAUGUCUUAAUGCUUUGUCCUAAUGACAGCAAAAAAAGACUAUCGAAAAAACGUUUGUAAUAGUGAUAGACCAUUAAUGCGAUUUAUGAGAAAACUUUUUGCACCUAUAUUUGUUAUCACCUUUACUACAUUUACUAGAAUGCGACUUGCAUGAUUAUCCCUCUGGAAACCAUUUUCUAUUAAGCUUUGAAUCUUGAAUAAGGUAAUUGAUGUAUGUAUAGUUACAAAAGGUAACUUAUUUUGUGUGAUCUUGAAACCCUACAUUUACAUUCAGAUGUAAGUCAUUAACGGGGUACAUUUGUUUAUCUUAACCCAACAGCACAAUAUUGGUUGUUUGGUGCAAUAUAGUUUUUUCAUUCUUUUUCGUAGUUAGAUUAUUGACAUACAAAGUAAAUUAGUACACUUUACAAAUAGUUUUUUUCUUGUUUGGAAUUUUUCAAUCGCUAAUGCAUCUUUCGUCUGUAUACGUCUAACCUCUAUAUCUUCUUCUAUCCAUUAUAAAAUUCUUCGACGUUAUCCCUCUUUCUACCUCUCUCUUAAACAAUAUUUAGCUGUUGAUCUAAGUCUAUCUGUAUACCUAGCAUUUUCGUGUUGCAAUCGUAUAUCUUAAACGUUACUGGUAUUAGUAUUUCGAUGCUCUAUAUGGUUCUACUCCAUUUUACAUCGUAGCAUUGAUACCAAGUAAAUUUCUUCUUGCUAUCUUUUCUUCUGCUCUCUUCAUUCUUGUUACAGGCAUUUCUUCUUACUAUCUUUCCUUCCACCCUAUACAUCGUCACGAUAGUGCUUUUUUGGUUGCAAACUUGUUCUUUAUUUUUUAACUUGAUCAAUUGUUUUUCUUUCUAAAAACGGCGAUUAAUAACUCCAUAUAUUUUAAUUUUUAUUUCUGUGUUGAAUUUCACUUCUUAUUAUUAUGUUUAUAUUCAAUUUAAACACAAUUCAACUUACCCUCUGAUUUUAUUAUUAUUAUACUACAACAAUACUAAUAAGUAGCCUUUGGAAAUGAAUUCAUCGGAAUGAAUGACAAAAGAAAAUGAUUGGUCCAAGAAUAAUCUUGACAUAUCAUUUCCACGCUGUAAGCGGAAAUUCGAACACGAAGUGGUAUAAUAUUUUAUAGAAAACUUUCAAAUAGUUGAUUUUAUGAGCACAUUCUGACACCUCCCAAUUUGGUUUAUCUUGUGUUUCAUUGGUCUUCAUCUACACAGUGUCAUGGGGAAUGUUAUGUGGAUGUUCUUGACAAUCUAAUGAUAUUGCCAUGUAAAAUAAAUAAUAUUUGCUGUCGUAUAGUUUGCAAUCUUAGUUACACCUCACGAAACAAUCCCUAACUUUUAUCUCCCCACGCCGAUGAUCCAUUGAUACCCUGUAAUUUAAUUCAUUUAUCCAUAUCUUACGUGUUGUAUUAUAUUAAUGAUCUGAUUGACUUUCCGUUGAAUUUCCUCCGAUCCCAAUCCAGUUUAAACUCAACAAAUGCUCAUCUUCAAGGUCUACGUGUUGUGCAUUCAUUGUUAUACCAUAAAAUCCUUGAAUACUCUUAGUACGUAUAUAGGUUGACCCAAAUGUAACUGUACAUUUUUAUGAUUAUAUUGAAAUGAAUUUCUGAUUGAUGAAGUA